GCGCCGCAGAGCGCGCCGCGCCCGGGAGCCAGCCCCCCGACCCCUGCACCGCCGCCCCGACGGGCGUCUCGCGCCGCGGCCGCCGCCGCCAGGCCCCCGCGGCCACCAUGAAGAAGAAGGUGUGCUCCGUGGCCUUCCUCAAGGCCGUGUUUGCUGAGUUCCUGGCCACCCUCAUCUUCGUCUUCUUUGGCCUCGGCUCGGCCCUCAAGUGGCCGUCGGCGCUGCCCAGCAUCCUGCAGAUCUCGCUGGCCUUUGGCCUGGCCAUAGGCACCCUGGCCCAGGCCCUAGGGCCCGUGAGCGGCGGCCACAUCAACCCUGCCAUCACGCUGGCCCUCCUGGUGGGCAACCAGAUCUCCCUGCUCCGGGCGGUCUUCUACGUGGUGGCCCAGCUGGUGGGCGCCGUUGCUGGGGCGGCCAUCCUCUAUGGGCUGGUACCGCCCAAUGCCCGAGGCAAUCUGGCCGUCAACGCGCUCAACAACAACACAACCCAGGGCCAGGCUAUGGUAGUGGAGCUGAUUCUGACCUUCCAGCUGGCACUCUGCAUCUUCUCCUCCACCGACACCCGCCGCACCAGUCCUGUGGGCUCUCCGGCCCUGUCCAUUGGCCUUUCCGUCACACUGGGCCACCUCGUGGGGAUCUACUUCACCAGUUGCUCCAUGAACCCAGCCCGCUCUUUCGGCCCCGCAGUGGUUAUGAAUCGCUUCAGCGCUGCUCACUGGGUGUUCUGGGUAGGGCCCAUCAUGGGGGCCAUCCUGGCUGCCAUCCUCUACUUCUACCUACUCUUCCCCAACUCCCUGAGCCUGAGUGAGCGUGUGGCCAUCAUCAAGGGCACAUAUGAGCCUGAGGAGGACUGGGAAGAGCAACGAGAGGAGCGAAAGAAGACCAUGGAGCUGACUGUCCACUGACCAGUGCCAGGCAGGGGCCAGCCCCCCAGCCCCUGAAUCAUAGGGGCAAAAAUAUAUAUAUAUGACAGCAAAGCUUCCUUCCCCUACAGCUGGGUCCUCUGGGCUAGGGAGGAGGUGCUGGCUCUCCCAGCUUCACAGUUAGGGAUAGGAGCAGUAACCCAUGAUGGGACUCUUGGGUUGGGGCCAGGGGCUGGUGUCUGAUGGGGAGGGGGUCUCUCUGGGACAGGGCAGACUGCUGCCAUGAGGUCAGACCUCAGAGACUGUGAAAGUAGCACCAAGCUUACAGGCUGCGCUGGGGCCAAGCUAGGAAGGGGUGGCCAGCAGUCUAUAUGCCCCUAUCUUCCCCCACCGCCCCCCCGUUAAGAGCCAGAGGGGUCCCGGUCCCUAGGACUGCAGAGGCUGCCCCUCCCCAGAUUGCCUAAGGAGGGAGACAAACUGGUUCAUUAAAUGCUGCCUUAUUUAUUUCUGCUCGAGGAUGCACGGGGUAGGGCUGCUGGUGUUUGGAGCAGGGGCUUACCAAUAAACCGCUGACAUUCA